AUGGUUAAUUACCUAUCCACCCCUGUUGGAAGCGCAGCUACGAAAGUUGGCCUCGGCGUUCCAUUGCCUCUUCUCGCACCCGCGACAGCGACAUGGGCGCUUCCUUUCGCAGCUUACUAUGUUUUCUUGCAGAAUCGCAUUACUUACCAUCGUAUCACAACUGAAACGCUCAUGGGAGACACAGCAGACGCCACACAAGGCACCCAGGAUUCGCUCUACGUAGCAAACCGCGCGCAGCUUAACUUCGCCGAAAACGUACCUUUAGUGCUCGCAGUUGCAAUUCUCGCAGAGCUCAACGGAGCGAACAGAACAUACAUCAAUUAUGCGCUCGGUACACUAUUAGCGUUUCGUAUCGGACAUGCUGAGUUUGGCUUGAUGAUCAAGGAUUGCAAGGGCCUGGGAAGGCCUCUCGGGUAUUACGGCACGCAGACGGUGCUAUUGACAUUGGCUGGAUAUACGGCGUAUCUUGUCAACAAUUACUGGCAGAUCUAA